AUGGAGAUGACAAUCGCCACCCCAGAGGUCUCGCAGCACGGUGCUGAUCCCUCCAGCCAUGGUCGUAGCUCUCUAUCGGCGCAGGGGUUUGAUGAUGCUGAGCAGGCUGCAUUGCUAGCCCACCAAGGGUUGCUGUCACAGCAGUCGCAGAUGAGCAAUGCCUACCAGCAACACGGAUACUUGUAUGGAGGCGACCAAGAUCAACGACAUGUCAUGUCUGGAGAUGUCAGCCUCACUCCGUCUCUGUUUCCACCACAAUAUCGCCAAGAAGAGCCAUUGCCAACUACACAUGCCGCAUACCCUGCUUGGCCUGUUUCUCAAAAGAGGCAUGCCCAAGCGGCUCCGGUCAGACAGACGCAGACGCCCCCGGUCCGACAGACACAGUCACCUCAUCAAUUGGCUGCUCACCACGCUGCUCAUCACAAUGCUUAUGGAAGCUCCACGGCCACUGCGUUGGCUGCCGAUCAGGCGGCCCUCAAUCUAGCGGCACAGACUGCCCAUUCAGCAUCUCCCAGCUACACUUGGCCAGGAGCAACGCAGCAGCAACAGCCUGCACAAUUACACGCUAGGUCCCAACAAUCUUCGCAGCGAAGUGGUCUCCCAGUGUCUUCCAAUACAUCUGCUCCUCGCCCAAUUCUCCCGACUACUACUCCUGGACAUCCUACGCCGACUCCAGGUCCACCACGGGGGCCCCCAGUUGGACAGACCCGUGUCAAUAAGCGCCGGUUGCAGGACAAGCACGCACGCCGCCAGUCAAGCAACAAUUUGCGCAUACGGUCCGAUGUAAUCCAGAAAAUCAAGCCCGAGGAUGCUCUCGUCAAGACCGAGUACGAUCCUGCGACGAUUGCCCGCGACGUGCUCAUCAAUUCCGGGAAACACCCGACGGAGAAGUUUUUGAAUGAGCACCUGGAGCCCUUGCGCAAGAACUUCGACUCCGUCGACUACCACUCCGACCUGUCUACCUUCCGCUGGGACAUUGUCGAGCCGGUUCUCCCACCCGCCGUCCCUGCCGCCAAGGACACAGAGAGUCACGUGUUGGAUUCACGUGACCGCUCACUGUCUCCCACGCGUGCCUCUGCAACGCGUCCCCAGUCAAAGGAAACACCUUCUCUUGUGUCCCCUGUCAAUCCUCCUUUGUCGCAUUGCCACGCGCACCCUCCCCAAUUCCUGCCUACGCAUUCGACUCAACCUCCGCUGCCAGCUUCGAUCCCGAGCCAGCAGGCGAAUCCUGCCCCGAAGCCCAGUCCCGCGCAGCCCAGUCCAGCAAAGGCACACCAUCCCCCACAAUCCAAGGAUACUUCGCCGCUAGAGCCUGUGCUUCUAUCGUCCGGACCCAGCAUGCCUUCCAAGGAGAAGGUCGGUCGCGCGCCGCCCAAGAAGCAGACUGAGGACAAUGCCACGGAUGACAAGGCCCAAGUUGACCAGGCGCCGCCGAUCAAUUGGCCGGUCUUUGCGUGCAAAUGGACUAAAUGCCCCGCGGAACUACACAACCUGGAGACCCUGAACAGACACAUUGUGAAACUCCAUAUCCCGAACAACAUCAAAUGUGGCUGGGAGGGUUGCAAGAGACAGGACGGACUGCCUGCUAAUGAGCUGUGGAAACACGUUCAGGAGAGCCACGUCAGCGCGGUGGCGUGGAAGCUUGGGGAUGGACCUAGAAUUCAUUCUCCUGAGGAACAGGACAAGCACCGGGCGCCGGACAUCGAGACCACGCUGAGCACCAAGACUGGGGGCAUGGAUCCCAUCAUUUUGCCUGCUCACAAGAAUGCGGUCAAUGCAUACCUCAAGAUCCAUAACAUCAACGAUUCGUAUGGACGCGCGGAGGCGCUUUUGCGUGGAGGGAUUCACUGGAAGGACCAGGUCGGACCGACCAUUGACAAGAGUGGCUACACCCUGUCUACCCCGGCUCGCCAGUGGAAGACUGAUCCUAACGAGGGCAUCAUGGAACUGGUCAACGACGACGAAUAA